GGCCAUUGGGUAACGUGGAGCCAGACCCGCGAGCCUCCUGGGUGUCGCGCUGCCUGAGCUAGUGGGGCGUCGCGUGGGGGCGACCACGGUGGGCUCCGCGGCGCAGAUCUGCCUUGCUCGGGAGGGAGCGAUGGGGUCCGGGGGCGCGGGGAAGCGGGCGCCGUUGUAGUCUGUGGUUCCGGGAGCUUGGAGGCGGCGGCGGCGGCGGCGGCGGCGGGCGAGGGGAGGCCUAGGUGCGCCGCGGCCCCUGGCGCCAUGGCCCCUAUGGGCAUCCGCCUGUCCCCGCUGGGGGUGGCCGUGUUCUGCCUGCUGGGGCUCGGCGUGCUCUACCACCUCUACUCGGGAUUCAUGGCCGGCCGCUUCAGCCUGUUCGGCUUGGGCGGCGAGCUCGGGGCAGGCGCCGCGGGGCCGGUGGCGGCGGCCGACGGGAGCAGCGUGGACCUGCGCGAGAUGCUGGCGGUGUCGGUGCUGGCGGCCAUGCGCGGGGGCGACGAGGUGCGGCGCGUCCGCGAGAGCAACGUCCUCCACGAGAAGUCCAAGGGGAAGACGCGCGAGGGGGCCGACGACAAGAUGACCAGCGGGGACGUGCUGUCCAACCGCAAGAUGUUCUACCUGCUCAAGACCGCCUUCCCCAACGUGCAGAUAAAUACAGAGGAGCACGUGGAUGCAACUGAUCAGGAGGUUAUCUCAUGGGAUCGUAAGAUUCCAGAGGAAAUCCUGAAGGAAAUAACCACUCCUAAAGAAGUGCCAGCAGAAAGUGUUACUGUGUGGAUUGACCCACUUGAUGCUACACAGGAAUAUACAGAGGAUCUUCGGCAGUAUGUCACUACUAUGGUAUGUGUAGCUGUAAACGGUAAACCUGUGCUAGGAGUGAUACAUAAGCCAUUUUCUAAAUAUACAGCAUGGGCAAUGGUGGAUGGUGGGUCAAAUGUGAAAGCUCGCACUUCCUACAAUGAGAAGACCCCAAGGAUUAUUGUGUCUCGCUCCCAUUCAGGAAUGGUCAAGCAGGUUGCUCUUCAGACUUUUGGAAACCAGACUACAAUUAUCCCGGCUGGUGGUGCAGGUUAUAAAGUUUUAGCACUACUGGAUGUGCCUGAUAGCAGUCAAGAAAAAGCUGAUUUAUAUAUACACGUCACGUACAUCAAAAAGUGGGAUAUAUGUGCUGGCAAUGCUAUUUUAAAAGCCCUUGGGGGGCAUAUGACUACCUUGAAUGGUGAAGAAAUCAGUUACACUGGUUCUGAUGGUAUUGAAGGAGGACUCCUUGCUAGCAUCAGAAUGAAUCACCAAGCACUGGUCAGAAAGCUUCCAGAUCUAGAGAAGACAGGGCAUAAAUAAGAAAGCAAAGCAAAUUGGUCACAGUACAUCCAGAACUUAACUUGAAACGCUUGAGGCUUCAAAGCAUUCAAAGACUAUGCAUGGCUAAGGCCAUCCUCUAAACUUUUAAAAGUAUUUAUGAAGCAUCAAAGACUAACUUUUCCUGUAAUAGGAUGCAAGAUCAAAGAAAGUGACUUGCUUCGUGUCUCAAGUAUUGUCUUUAUUUUUGAGACUAUUUUCGUACAGUUGUCAUACACAAGGCACACCUAUAUAUAUAUAUAUUUGUGAAUUAAAAUAUAUAGCUGAGUCUACCUUGUUAUAAGUCACCAUUUUCACAUGACAUGACUCUUCACUAUUUGUUAGAAUUUUCAUACAGAACUGAUCUGAAGAAAGGAUUGAUUUUAUGUAGAUAUUUAAUAUUGCUUUACAGUUCUAUUUCAUUGGGAAUAAAGUUAUUGGUUAUAUUUUUACUGCUAAUUCAGAUGGAAAGCACAAGAAUCCACACACUUAUUGAUACUGCGUUAAAUGCUCUGUUACUGAGUAUUUCUUACACAUUAAAACAGAAAAAGCUUAAAUUGUUUUUCUUUGAAAUUUUAAUAACAGCUUCACCAGUUAGUAGAAAAUAUAAACAUACAGUAGUACUAUAAUUAUAAUUUCUCUUUGUGUGUUUUAUUUUCUUUUCUAAAGGAAGGUAUGUUUGUACUUAAAAGCUUUAUUUCUACCAUUUUGCUAUUGAUUUUCAUUUACCCUAUGGACAGUACAUAAUUUCAUCCUUCCCCUCUUGACCAACACUUAGUCUUUAACUUGUAAGGAUUGUACUAAAGAUUCAGGCUUAGAACUAGGACUUUGGGACAUUUUCUGAUUAGGGAUAAAAUAUGCUAUGAAGCAUUAUGAGAAUAUUAAUGGUUCUGUUAUUAAUAUGAGUUAUUUGACAUUACACAAAUUAAGAUAGCUUUCAUUACAUUAAAAAAGUUUGUUCCUGUACUCUAAAUAAAAUUGCCAGGUUUGGAUAUAGAAAUUCUCUUAUUAUCAAGGAUCAGUUAUUUUUGCUUUUACCAUUAACACAUGAAUCUAGCCUAACCAGAUUCUCAAAGUUGUAAUUUAGAGAUAAUUUAAUUUUGCUUCAGAUUAAAAUAAUGAGGGUUAAAGUUCCUUUGUGAUGAUUUUCUUGGCACACAGAAUCUGACUGGAAGAAAGGUUAUGACAGACUCGUGUCAUAACUAGAACUUAGUGUUGUGAAUUAUCAUUUGGAUGACUUUUCUCAGUGAUAGUUGGAAACUUAAUGUAAACAAUAUUAUUACAUCAUGACAUUGAUGCUUUUGUUUUUGUAUUCCAUAACAAACUGUUGAGGGAAUUUUUUCACGGUUUCAUUUGAAAAAAAAUUUUUUUGUCCUAAAGCAAUUUUCCAGUUAUUUUCCUAUCUUGUGGAUAAAAAUUGACCAAAGAAUGGACAUCUCCAGUCUGGUAGAGUGUGCAUAAAUCUAUAGGCUUGCAUCUUAAACUGGCUAGAGCCCUUUAAUUUCUCAUUAAGAAAUUGACUCUAGUAGGGUACACAUAUUUUCACUCAGUCUCUGACAUCUGGUCACAAAUGUGAUAGGGUAGUGGACCUCUCAGGCUUUUGUUUAGUGAAAUUUCAUUAAAAAUUUUGGUAGUUGAUACAUUUGAUUAUUUUAAACAGAACUUUGGGAUCCUGGUAAAUGUUGGUGACUUCAUUUUUUGUACUUUGCCGUGAAAUGAGGAAAUCCUCUUUAAUCAGGAGAGAUGACACAUACUCUUUCCAGAGUCCUCUGGUAUAAGUGUUUGACUUUAUUGUAUACUAAUCAUAGGGAAAUAAGAUUGGCCUAGUAAGAAAUGAAUUAAUUGGAGGGGUUUUUUUUUUUUCUCAGUACUGAAACUUCUUGAUGUAAUAAUAGUGAAGCUAAUUCUUCUUAGCAAACAUAGUUGCUUUGGUUUUAUCUUUAUGCUUUUUUUUUAUUAAUCUGCAUGUAGAUAAUGACUGUGAAGGAUUCGUAUUUUGUGCAAAAUUGAAGAUACUGGUUGACAGUUAAGUGCAUCAUUUUUUAAUAAUUAUUGAGUAUAGUCUAGUUACUAAUGAUUUUUAAGUGCUUUUAUAGAAAGUUCACUUAAAUUUUUGUUUCUAAAAGUCAACGUACAUUACAAAACUAGUAUAAGUACAGUGAACAGUAUUUAUACUUAUUUAUGUGAGACAUUGUGCCAGAACAUACCAGUUAAAGAAUGCUAAGGCAUGCAGUAUUUCUCAGAAUUACAUAAAGAAGAAUAUUUCUAAACUAUAGCAAAUAACUAGAAUUUACUUUUAGUGACCAUAAUCGACUUUUGGUCUUCCCCCUCAUCUUUGCUUUUAGAGGGCACUUGCCUCUUAAAAGUGAAUUUGAUACAUCAUAGUCAAUAACAGUAGUGCCAUUAUUAGCGCUAGUAUCCAGCAACUCUUCCCUUUUUCUGUGCUCUUCUACUUCUGUACCCUACUCUAACUUCUUUACCCAUUAGUGGCUUUUUUUUCCUAGUCUUAAAUAGUAUAUAUAUUUUCCUUCCUCCCUCCCUUCCUUCCUUCCUUCCUUCCUUCCUUCCUUCCUUCCUUCCUUCCUUCCUUCCUGUCACUUUGUUAAGCAUUAAUGGUUUACAGAACAGUUGUUAACACAUGGGUACAAUUUCUCAUCUCCCUGUGAUAGGUGUCUGCAAAACACACUCACCUCCAACUUAGGUCAUUUACUGUCAUCAUGCCCCUGUACACCCUUCCCAGAUCCCUUUACUUUGGUGCAUUAUACCAUACCCAGUCCAUGUUUUACUUUGUGUUUUCCGUUUCCGUCCUGUUUCUUUAGCUCCACCUCUGAGUGAAAUCCUUAUUAGACCUGUUUCUCCAAAAUUGACUUCGAAUCCUAUGGGAGAACUGACUGAGCCUUGAAUUAUAUCAAGUUCCUAGUGGGGAAAGUCAAUUCUGACAGAGCUUUAGUUUAGCAUUACUAUUCAAAGACUCUCCUCAAAAAGGUACAGGAAAGUCACCUUCAAAACUAUACAAAUUUACAUUACCAAGUCUAGGUUGAUGCUUCUGUCUUUACAAAGCAUUUCAUCUGACCCAUCUUUCAAAGAAUGAAAUACAGAAAACAGAGAGUGAGAAUAUAAGCCUACUGGAGAAAAAUCUGCAUCUUUUAAAAUUAAUAUUAUAACCUAUAUCACUAUUUCAGCUUAGAUUGCAAGAGUCUAAAACACUGUUCAUAUUUGUAUUUGGUAUGCAAUUGUCCCCUCUCCCCAUUUUAAAAGUUGACAGCAAUGUUCAAAUGAAUUACUUAUGGCUUAUAUAAUGGAAUAACAAGCAUCUCUUUGUGUUUUAAGUAAUGGUUGUACAGAUCCUUUCUACUUACUGGAUGCUACCUUUGUAGGGUUAUGUGUCUUAAGAAGAGGCUAGGAAAGGAGGGAGGAUGCAAAGCAAACAUCUGCUCUGACCAUUAGGAUCAAAAAUUGAGCUAUUGUUUCAACAUUUAGUGAAAAAAAGAUGAGCUCACUCAUGCUUUGAAGGUGACAACUGUUGAUAAUGAUUUAAGCAUACAUAACUAAAGAAAACAGGAAAGUCACACCUUAUUCCUUUGAAAAAGAAAAUAACAUCCAGCUUGUCUCUUGUUGAUAAUGCUUUGAAAAUGGUUUUAUGGAGACAAUCUUUGACUGGUUUAAAAAAACUUUGGGUUAUUUUAGUUGCAACUGCAUGAUUGGGUGUUGACUGGUCCUGGAUAGAAACAAUGAUUUUUCAUUUUUGAUUUUGUUUAAAUUUAAGGCAUAUUAUUUUCAGCAUAUGCCUUCAAAAAGUCUGUCAUUUAAGUGUUGUGUAAAAAAUUAAUCUCUGGUUUCAUUUUUUUAUCCUUAAAAAAAAAAAGUUGUGCCUUAACAGUAGGGCAUUAUAUGUUAAGGAAAAAUCAAGUUUUUGUUUUUUUUUUACAUGAGGAAAACAGACCUUUUGCCAUCAAAAUCUAAGUUCUUUUAAUGUUUUCAGUAUUAGAGCUGGGGAAAAUUCAUUAAAGUCAAAGGAAACUAAUAUAAAUUAUUUUUGCAUUAUCUAGCAUUUACAACUAAAGUACAUUUUUAUAAGAACUGGCACCUUGAUGUAUAUAGGUCUGAAAUGACACCUUUAUAUUUGUUUGUUUGUUUAAAAUAAUAUAAGGCCUGGAUAUAUUACCUUUAAAACAUGUUUACUUUUUUUUUUUUUUUACUAGUGAUUAUUUUUUUAUUUAAGAAAGGAGACAUUAACAAAACCAUAGAGUAAGAGGGGUACAAUUCCGCACAAUUCCCAUAACCCUAUCUCCAUAUCCCAUCCCUUCCCCUGAUAGCCUUCCCAUUCUCUAUCUCUCUGGGAGUAUGGAUCCAGGGUCCUUGUGGGUUGCAGAGGGUGGAAGGUCUGGCUUCUGUAAUUGUUUACCCACUGAACAUGGGCGUUGACUGGUUGAUCCAUACUCCCAGUCUGCCUCUCUCUCCCUAGUAGGGUGGGGCUCUGGGGAAGCGGAGCUCCAGUACACAUUCAUGGGGUCGUCUGUCCAGGGAAGUCUGGUUAGCAUCUUGCAGGCAUCCGGAACCCGGUGGCUGAAAAGAGAGUUAACAUACAAAGCCAAACAAAUUGUUGAACAAUCAUGGACCUAAAGACUGGAAUAGUGCAGAUGAAGUGUUGGGGGGUAUUCACUGCAUGCUCUUGUGUACUUCUGCUUUCAGGUAUAUAUUUUUCCCUAGUUUAUGGGCACGUGUGAACCUAUGCUCUAUCUCAGGGGACCUGGACUAUAUCUAGGUUUGGGGACUGACCACCACCUGGAAUGGAAUUAGAGAAUAUACUAUGAAAGGAAAGGUCUCACCCGAAUGAUGAAGCUGAAGGGUUGUCAUUCCACAUGUGUAGUCUCUGGUCACAGUCUGAAGUGAAGCAUGUUAGGGUGGCACUCGUUGCGUUGAUUAGGUUGUGAUCCGUGGAUGCAAUAUUUGAUUUGAAUUGAGAAUAGCAUGCAGAAAAGUGGGCCUCACCCUAAGGUUUCAAAAACAUGUUUACUUUUACAUGAUUUCAGUAUACUACUGUCUGUUUUCAUCCUCUGAGUCACUUUGGUUUUAAAAAAUAACUUAAUGAUACUAUAUCAAGGUUUUAUUAAAACUAAAGUAGUUCAUAUUUUAAAAUACUACAUAUUGUAUAACAUAACAAACUGCAGUUCCUAGAAGGAGAUAAUUGGUUUUACUGAGAGGGCAAAAAGUUGGAUUUUGCAUUUCAAAAAGAGAUUUGGGUUUUAUGAGGUGCUGGUUAUGUAGUUUAUUUUUAUUUCAUCAAAGCCUGACAAGUGUUUGCAUUCCAGUUUACCAUUAGUAAAGUGUUUUACAGAAAAAAAUUCCCUAUUUUUAAAAAAAAUAUUUUUUAAAUUUUUUAUAUUUAUUCAUUUUCCCUUCUGUUGCCUUUGUUUUUUAUUGUAGUUAUUGUCAUCAUUAUUGGAUAGGACAGAGAAAAAUGGAGAGAGGAGGGGAAGACAGAGGGGGAGAGAAAGAUAGUAGAUACCUGCUGACCUGCUUCAUCGCUUGUGAAGUGACUUCCCUGCAGGUGGGGAGCUGGGGGCUUGAACUGGGAUCCUUACUACGGUCCUUGCACUUUGUGCCACAUGCACUUAACCUGCUGUGCUACUGCCUGACUCCCUAAAAAAAAAAAAAAGAAAAAGAAAUUGAGUGGUACAUUCUGUAGGAAAAUGAAAUUUAGUUUCCUUUGAGAAUAAAAUAUUAUGACCCAAACUUUCAGAAGUUCAGAACAGUGGCUCUUAAAACAAUUUAUAUAUUAUGUCUAUAAGAGUUCCUGAAACCAUUAUAAUUAGCAUGUUUGAUAUCAAUUGCUAAGGCAGAAAUUGUAUUGUUUCAUUAAUAGUAUGUUUGAUUAAAAUUCCUUUUGAGGUGUGUAGUAUGUGCUGAUAAAAUUCUUUUUGAGGAGUAUGUGAUAUAUAGUGAAGUUUUAUUCAGGAAAUAUUUCUUCUGUGUUGAAUAAAUAGAAAAUAGAACAGAUCAACUCAUCUUUAAUUAGCCUAUAAAGACCUCAUCUUUCCAAAUUAUCUUUUAGAUCCCUGUGAUUCACACUGAACUUAGGAAUGAGCCUUUAUGGACUUUAAUUCAUGUGUAAAAUGACAACUUUAAUUUCCAUGCACUUGUACUGUCCACCUUUGGUAGUAACCAGUACUGGUUUGAUAGUCUAGCAGGUGAGACCAUGUUCUGCUAUGAUUAGCUGUGGUGCUGCUAGUAGGUUCACCUCACUGCCCCUACCCCACCUUGAUGAUGUUACUUAAGCUAUUAGAUGUAGAGUUUACAAUGAAAUUAUGAGGUUGUGUUCCUAUAUAUGUCUCUUCAAACUCUGUUAUUAUUUUUGCAGUUCCUAUUAAUCUCUCAUGCUGGAUUGAUGAGAGAUUAAUUCUUUACUUUUGACUAUCCAUAUGUCUUUCAGCAAUGUAAAACUAGACAAACUAGAACGUUUUCUGUUGCCAAGUUAUAUAUAGAUGCCAGUUUUAUUAGUAGACAUGCUAUAAGUUGCCUCACCCAUACCAACAAACUUAAAGGAGGUCAUGAUGUUAGUGUCUAGUUGGAAGUAAACUCCUCCCUCUAUGUUUUCAGAGCAGUCUUUGUGUACCUCACUGAGAGCACUCAUUUUUAUAUGUGCUGUUUGUAACUUGUAUACUUCUAAAGGACAGGGAUUACAUCUUGGCGAUACUUGUUAUUUUUCACCUCAACUCUAGCAGCUAGCCCAAUAUCUUGAACAAAUUAGGUGCUUAAUAUAUGUGAACUAAAUGGAAUAAAGGGUUACUACUAGCACUCAUAUUUCUCAUGCCUCAGUUGUGUAAACUGGUUGCUUCCUCUAUAAAUACUUAAGAUUUUCAUGCCGUACACACUAAAUAUGUUUUUAAAAUUUUGCUUUCUUUUACAUACUACACCAUGGCCAGUUAGCUCUAAAGUGUGACUUUCUCAAAAAAAAAAAAAAAAAAAAAGAUUAUCCCAAAUUCUCUGUUCCUGGAAACUGUUCUCUGCGAAACUGGAAAUUUAAUUUUCUGAAUAAAUUGGUCAUGUCUGAAAGA